UUCAUCACACAAGACAUACAUACAUACAUUGUAAACAAAAUAGUGAUAAUCAUCAUGGCUAAGUUUGCUUCCAUCAUCACCCUUAUCUUCGCUGCUCUUGUUUUCUUUGCUGCUUUUGAAGCACCAUCAAUGGUGGAAGCACAGAAGUUGUGCGAGAAGCCAAGUGGCACAUGGUCAGGAGUUUGCGGAAACAAUAAUGCUUGCAAGAAUCAGUGCAUUAACCUUGAAGGAGCACGUCAUGGUUCUUGCAACUACAAAUUCCCAGCUCACAGAUGUAUCUGUUACUUCCCAUGUUAAGCAACCAAAACCUUUGGUGCCUAAACACGUGUGUAUUUUACAUAAAAUAAGUCUGUGUUACUCUAUGAGUGACUUUAUGAUAUGCAAGUUUAUGUUUUAAUGUUUGGUUAGACUUUGUUGUUAUAAUCAUAUAAUUUAUGUUCGACGUAAGAUUGUCU